CCUGCUGAUGGCCGCGCUCUGAGAGUGUACACGCGUUACCGGCUCUGGGGUGUAGCACGCGAUCUAAGCAGCCGCCGGCAUGCAGCAUGAUGAUGUAAUCUGGGAUGUUGUGGGGAACAAGCAGUUCUGCUCUUUCAAAAUAAAAACAAAGACACAGAACUUCUGUCGAAAUGAAUACAACAUAACGGGGCUGUGCAAUCGCUCCGCCUGCCCCCUAGCCAACAGCCAGUAUGCCACCAUCAAAGAGGAGAAAGGCAUCUGCUAUCUGUAUAUGAAGACAAUAGAGAGAGCGGCCUUCCCAGCUCGCAUGUGGGAGAGGGUACGACUGAGCAAGAAUUAUGAGCAGGCGCUGGAACAAAUCGACGAGAACCUGAUCUAUUGGCCGCGCUUCAUUAGACACAAGUGCAAGCAGAGAUUCACCAAGAUCACGCAGUACUUGAUCCGCAUCCGCAAGCUCACACUCAAGAGGCAACGUAAACUGGUUCCCCUGAGCCGGAAGGUGGAAAGGAGAGAAAAGAGGAGAGAGGAAAAGGCUCUGGUGGCGGCUCAGCUGGAUAAUGCCAUCGAGAAGGAAUUACUGGAGCGUCUCAAACAGGGAGCGUAUGGGGAUAUUUAUAACUUCCCAAUUCAAGCUUUUGAUAAAGCACUGGAACAGCAGGAAGAUGCAAGUGCCUCAGAGUCAUCUGCCGACGAAGAAGAGGAAGAUGAUGAAGAGAUUGGCAAGAGGGAGUUUGUGGAAGAUGACAACGUUGACGAAAGUGACCUGAGUGAUUUUGAGGACAUGGAUAAACUGGGGGCUAGCAGUGACGAAGACAAACAUUCCAGUGAGAGCGAGGAAGAGUCAUCGGAGGAGGAAGAAGAGGCCGGCAAAGCAAAAUCCAAGGGCAAGGCCCCACUGAAAGGACAUUUAAUCAGGAAACGUCCGCGGGUGGAGAUAGAGUAUGAACAAGAAACAGAGCCGCAGCACAAAGCCAAAGUGACAUAAAUCACAAGCUCAAGGUGCUCACAACUGUACUGAACUCUGUUUUUUAAAUAAACCCGGUUUUUCCCCA